AAGCAAAUUGCCCAUUUGCAUGUAGACAUCCAGGGGAGGGAAGUAGCAAGCGACGUCGACGCUUGUUUUCUUUGUUUUUUAGGAGCAUUUAAACGUCACGAAUCAGUCCGUCAAAAGAGGCGAAGAGCGCUCCCGUCAGCUUCGCUUUCGCCCCGCGUGUCCGCACGACGUCCGGUUUCCAUGUUGACGUCAUAUCCGCACAAAUGUUGGCGGAGUACGUCGUGAAAGCAGUCAACGGCCGCUUCUGACAUUUAUUUGACUUUGACACCUUGAAUGGAUUAGUUUCCGAUCCGGCUCCCUCGCGACGGCCUUUAAUCAGCUUCCCCGGGGCACCGGCUCGACCGCGCGUCGCGUGUGAGCGAGCUGCUCCCUUGUUUGCCUGGCAGCCUUAGCUUAGCUGAGCUUUAGCCAUGCUCUCGGACGGCGGCGACUCGUUCGGCUACUAAGCCACCCCGUCGCUUAACCGGUCACGUCUUGGGUCUCCGCCGUGAUAUUUGAUCGCCGAUGUUGUGCGCGGGCUUUCGGUUGCGGCGUUAGCCUAGCCGCCGGGCGGGCGUCUUCUUUUCUUUGGCUCGGACACCGGGGACAGAGGAGCCGGCCCCUUUUUUUUGCUCGUGUCACCGCUUCGUUUUUGAUCGCGUUUCGUUCGUGCGAUGGCUUCGUCCUCCGGCAACGACGACGACCUGACCAUCCCGCGCGCCGCCAUCAACAAGAUGAUCAAGGAGACUCUGCCCAACGUGCGCGUGGCCAACGACGCGCGCGAGCUGGUGGUCAACUGCUGCACCGAGUUCAUCCACCUCAUCUCCUCCGAGGCCAACGAGAUCUGCAACAAGUCGGACAAGAAGACCAUCUCGCCCGAGCACGUCAUCAACGCUCUGGAGAGCCUGGGCUUCGCCUCGUACAUCACCGAGGUGAAGGACGUGCUGCAGGAGUGCAAGACGGUGGCCCUGAAGAGGAGGAAGGCCAGCUCUCGCCUGGAGAACCUCGGCAUCCCCGAGGAGGAGCUGCUGCGGCAGCAGCAGGAGCUCUUCGCCAAGGCGCGGCAGCAGCAGGCCGAGUUGGCGCAGCAGGAGUGGCUGCAGAUGCAGCAGGCGGCGCAGCAGGCCCAGAUGGCGGCGGCCAGCGCCGCCCAACAGGCCGGUUCGUCUCAGGACGAAGACGAAGACGAAGACAUGUGAUCCGGCAAAGGAGGCGCUUGGGCUGGGGGGGGGGGGUUGGCACACACCCGUGAGGACGGAUGGACGGUGCGAGCAAAGGCGGAGUCGUGUGGACUUUGAUUUCCGGCUGCGUGUCCUCUAAGUUGUCUUUACGUUGUGAAUGUCAGAGACCCCCUCCCAUCCCCCCCCCCACUCCCCUUCUUGACUAAAAUGUUGACGAUGUCGGAUGAGGAGGACGAUUUGUGUGCGUGUGUGUGUGUGUGUACUCGUUCAUUCCACCAACUUCAAGCAAUAAACUUUGUCUUUUUCUACACCUCCA